UUGCAUGUAGUUGGUUUAUGUUUUCGAUCUACUUUAGCUGAGGUUUGCAUGUAUUUAGACGUUGAUUGAUUUGCUUGGUUUGCAAUAGAUUUAGGGAUUUCGUAUCAUAUAUUUUCGUCUCUUUAGUCUUUGAGAGUGUGGUUAUUAGAUGAUAGUGGUAUUAUGUGAUGUUAUCGUGUAGAUUUAGGGAUUUCGAUCGUAGAUUAUAGUUGUGAUAUAGAUUGUGUACGUGAGGUGAGAUGAGUUUAUCGAUUCAGUAGAUGUGUAAUGUGUUCUUCGCAUUUGGUAAAUGUGUUCUGUUAUCGAUGAAACUGAGAUGUGUGAUUAUUUGUUGUUUAUCUCAUGAAACUGAGAUGUGUGUUCUUAUGUUUCCGAGGUUAUUAGGUGAGGUGAGGUUCGAUCACCAGGAUUGUAUUAGCAAGGAGAUCAAAGAGAAACAACUAUUUCCUCCACAGUUGAAGUUUUCGGAUUACACAUGGGUCUUGAUUACAGCUAUUCACAACCUUCACAGGAUGAGACGUUUGGUGGGGCUGAGUCAGACAGUGACUACAACGAAGUCGAAUCUCUCAUUCAGCAAGACCAAGCACAUGCGUUUGUGUACCCUCCACAGCCGGAGGUUGAAUUCGGAUUUCCACAAAUAUGCUACUGUGGGAGUGAACCGAAGAUAGCUACGUCUAGCAUCGAACCAGGUCGCAGAUACUACACAUGUACAAAUGCAAACGAUGGAGAGUGUCAUGUGUGGAAAUGGUGGGACGAGGCUGUAAUGGAGGAGAUGCGAGCCAGGGAUAGACACACAUUUCAGUUAGCCGAGAAGGUAGAUUCUCUGACCUUCUUCAAUGACCAUGCUACUGAGCAGAAGCUCGUUAGAUUAGAGAACAUGGUGUGUGAGUUGGCCAAGAAUAAAUCAAAGUCUAGCUUAGAUUACUUCGUUGCGGUUAUGGUUAUGGUCUUAAUUUUCAUAGGUGUCAUCCUCGUAUUUGUCUAAUGUGUUAUGGUUAUGGGAACUUCUUUGUAAUGAC